AAGUUGUGUCGAAGAUGGCGGAUUUCCUGCCGUCGCGGUCCUUUCUGUCCGUUUGUUUUCCCAAAUGUCUGCUGAACAGCAGCGAGGCGGAGCAGCUGAGGAUAUCCAAGGAGAUCGACAAAUGUAUUUCGCGGGACAAAACGUAUGUGAAGCGGCUGGUGAAGAUCCUCUUGCUGGGCGCCGGCGAGAGCGGCAAGUCCACUUUCCUCAAACAGAUGCGCAUCAUCCACGGACAGGACUUCGACCAGCGGGCUAAAGAGGAGUUCCGAGCCACCAUCUACAGCAACGUUAUCAAAGGUGUUCGAGUUCUGGUGGACGCGCGAGAGAAAUUGCACAUCCCGUGGGGCGACCCGUCUAACCAGGAGCAUGGAGAGACCGUCAUGGCCUUCGACACGCGCUCUUCCAAAGUGUUGCAGGGCACGGUGGAGACGAAGGUGUUUGUGCAGUACCUGCCCUCCAUCCGCUCGCUGUGGGCGGACAGUGGCAUCCAGCACGCCUACGACCGGCGCAGAGAGUUUCAGCUGGGUGAAUCGGUGAAAUAUUUCCUGGAUAACUUGGAAAAACUUGGAAUGCCGGACUACCUGCCCAGUCAGCAGGACAUCCUGCUGGCCCGCAAACCCACCAAGGGCAUCCACGAGUACGACUUCGAGAUCAAGAACGUUCCCUUCAAGAUGGUGGACGUUGGGGGGCAGCGGUCAGAGCGGCGGCGGUGGUUCGAGUGUUUCGACAGCGUCACCUCCAUCCUGUUCCUGGUGUCGUCCAGCGAGUUCGACCAGGUGCUGAUGGAGGACCGUCAGACCAACCGGCUGAUGGAGUCGCUCAACAUCUUCGAGACGAUUGUCAACAACCGCGUCUUCAGCAACGUCUCCAUCAUCCUGUUCCUCAACAAGACAGACUUGCUGGAGGAGAAGGUCCAGACGGUGGCCAUCAAGGACUACUUCCCAGAGUUCACUGGGGACCCGCACAACCUGGAGGACGUGAAGAACUUCCUGGUGACGUGUUUCCGGAACAAACGGCGAGACCAGCAGCAGAAGCCCCUUUACCACCACUUCACCACCGCCAUCAACACCGAGAACAUUCGGCUGGUCUUCCGCGACGUCAAGGACACCAUCUUGCACGACAACCUCAAGCAGCUCAUGCUGCAGUGAUGCUGCGUUCCUUCUGGCUCCUUUAACGUCGUUUUUCGUUUUGGUUUUGUUUGUUUUUUUGAAUGGACCUUCCCCAUCCUCCUCUCCCCCCUCCGCCCCCCAUUCUUCUGCAAGUUUGUACUCCGUACAGUAACCUUUCUGACUAGCUCUGGGGUCUGUUUUGUGGGGGAGAACAGGGCUUAGCUGUGUGAAGAAGGCGCAGAAUGACUGGGUCUGUGUCCGUCGCUGACCGCUGCGUGGCCGCGGCGUGGAUGUCAAGUUUAGGGAUGGGAAUGCGCGCGCAUGUGUUAGUAUUGCGCAUCUUUGGGCUGCACAAUAUGGACGAAAUACAAUAACACAAUAACGGGGAGGGGGAAGUGCAGAACUGCGCCAUCUGCUGGUUGCGUCCAAAACAUUUCAAAUCGCCGUUCGUUACGCCAUGGGGGAAAAUUUUUGAAUCGAAACUCACUUGAAGCUGGAACUUUUGUGAAACAUUUCAAGACGAAAAGAGCGCAGCACCGUUUAAUUCGACUUUAAUAGCAGAACAUUUCACACUGUAAUUAGAACCGCAAAAAUAAACCCAUAGCUUGGUGCUGGCGCCGCUUCGUGGGAUGUGCGAUCAGUAUUUUAUUUUUUUUAAAAAACAUGUCAUUUUGAACAUCAGUACAGUAUCAAAUAUAAUUAAACGGCUAACAGCCCCUCCAAUUCAUCGGUAACCUGAACGCAAACAGCAGGGGGCACUCUGACCCCUUUACUCUAUUUGCAGUUACAUUGUUACACGUUGCAAUUGCAGCGUGUUGAAACUAUAUUGGUUAACCCUUGAAGUGAUGCGGUUAGAGCGAAAUUAUUUUGAUGCUCGUAGAAACAAAGCCUUCACUGAUUGGCGCAUCUCAUUUACAUGCAGUAUCACUGUUGCGAAGGCUGAUAUGGCAAUAAUAAUUAACAAAUGGUAAAUUGUGCCGCCCAAGCGCGCAUGUAUGUGUGAUUCUACGCUCCUGUCUGCCUUUAUUCAGCCUGCCGUGAAGAGGUGCGUGCCAAAAAAAUGUUUUUUUUUUCCACCCCCUCUCUUCCAAGUUACUAACCGAUAUACAGUGGAGAGAAAGUGGGGAGAUAUCAGAGUCCUUAAUUUCACCUUUUGAGCCUUUUAUUACUGACCAAAUAGCGAUAAAGCGAAGGUUUUUUAAAAGAGAUGCGACGCUUAACUUGUUUUAACAUUUCGUUUUGAGUUUUUUUUGUUUUUUUUUUUCCUUAAAAAAAUUAGGAGUGUUUCUGAGCCUUUCACAGUUUGUCAUCAAUACCUGCCUGGCUGUGUUUAUUUUAUUUUUAUUUUUAUUAUUUUUUUUUUUAACGUAGGUUCCUAAUCAGGUCUUGUUUUUAUAUAGAUACAUGAAUAUAUUUACCUGUAAAAUUUAAGUUAUAUUUUUAAAGGUUUACACUUUUACUUUUGUUUGUUUUUUGCCACCACUGAUGGAUUCUGGUUACUUAGAAAUUGGAAAAACAGUGCACAUGUUUCUACAGUCAGACCACUUAAACUGAACGUAUGGUGUAAACUCAGGGCUGAAUGUCGACCACUUUGUGUUGUUUUUUUUUUUUGACAAAAUUUCACCGUUUAAAACCUUCAGCAACAUCCACACACACACACACACACUGUCCAUCAGUGAUUUGUCUUGCUGACCUGCUAACGUCGGCCUUUUUUUUUUCCUGCUCCGUUUUCCUUCACGUCAGCAAGAUUCCUCUUUUUAGAUUUUGCUUUGACGCGUGUCCGUCAGGGAAAAGGGGAAGUGGUGUCUUUAAUUUAUUUAAUGUUUUAUUCUUUUAACCAUCUUCAAACUUUUUGACCCUGUUCAUUUUUAAUCAACCGUGACAAAAAAAGUAAGCAUCUUUAAUUCACAAGUGCCAAAAAUGUAAAAGGUACCCCUUGUUAAAACAGUUCUAAGCCAGUCACAUGCAAAAGGGAUGGAAUUCGCCUUGUGAAGUUUUUCCUUCCACGUCAGACGUUGUUUAUAGCUGAUGUAUAGUGCCGUGUCCACCCCGUAUACUGUUCUGUGAAGGGUGUUUUUAAGAGUAUAGUGUGUAUCUCACUCUUUUCUAACCCGUAUGCAACCCACACUGAUGCUGUUCAUUUUUCUUCUUCCACGCUCACUCAGAGCCACCUCGUAUCUUCCCAGCUCACUCAUCUCUCACCCAUUCAGUAUUGCUGCUGCUGCUGCUGCUGCUUUUUGGCUGGAUCGUCCCGGUUGUGUGGCAACCUCCACAGUGAAUGGUGCCUAUACAUCCAUCUAUGCAUGCAGACACUGUUUCAGGCUCCUGACGGCUGCAGUUUAAACCCCCAGCCGAAGGCCCUGCCGCCCCGAGAGCUCUUUGUCUGGCUAUAAACUGCCUCAUGUCUCUGGCCGGAGGCCCAGGAGGCUCGUGAAAGGAGAGGUUUUGUUUGUUUUUUUUGUUUUUUUGUGUUUUUUUUUUCCUUGUGUGCCAGUCGGUGCCCCAACCAAGUGCUAAAGCAGCACACGCACUGCUCAGAGUUCAGAUGGAUGCUUGUUUUUGGUUCUAGACUGCGAUAGGCUGAGUUUACGAAGUGUUAACGAGAAGCCUGUGCUUAAAUGGCAAAAUGCCAAUCGUGGAACCAAUGAUAUUGGUCUGCGCUAACAUAGCGAGAUGCUAAUGGUGGAACCUGUGCUGUUCAUGUGCUAACAGCAAAAUGGUAAUCAUGGAACCUGUGCAGUAUUGGCCUGUGCUAACAUGGCAAAAAGCUGAUCGUAGAACCUAUGCUGUUAGGCUGUGAUAACAUAGAAGGAUGCUAAUCAUGGAACCUAUGCAUUGUUACCCUAUGCCAACAUAGCAAAAUGCUUAUCAUAGAAUUAAUGCUAUAUUAGCAUUUUGCAGUUACACCCCAACAAAAUGGUUCUUGAAUCGUUCUUUAAGGAAAAAUGAUGACGUCUGAAGCCAUGAAUACUCACAGAGACAUUUUCAUGCCUAAAUGGUUCUUUGCUUGGCUACAUGGUUCUUCUCCAUGAUGGAAAACCUGCUGAAUAUGGUUCUUUUUCUUUUUUUUUUUUUAAUGUUCCAGAAGUUACAGAGCCUUUCUCUUUCUGUAAAGAACCCCUUUGCUAACUGUGUAGGCUAAUGAUCCUGUUUCCACCUCAGCUGAGUUUCAGCUGUUUGAGUCGACGCUUGUGCCACAAGCCGCCGGCCGCAGCACGCCUGUGAGAAUGUCUGAACUGUUUCUAAAACUGUAUGAGGUUCUGUUGUUGAUGUGUUUUUCCUGCUUUUAUUGUACAGUCGCGGCCAAUCAUUGCUAUCGGCGAACCCCGAGAGGUCAGCUAGACGUUUCUGAGGAAAGGUGCCUUCAGAUUUCACGAAGCAGCAGACGUUAUUUAUGAGCCGUUAGUGUUUUGUUUUAUUUUGUUUUGAUAUAAAGUUCGACGCAUGUAUUAGCACGAAGAUCCGAAUGGUUUUCGAAUGGCUUUAGUUUGGGAAACGGUAGGAUGUUGGUUAGCAAGUCCGAACAUUCCGCAACGUAGGGCUGCACGAUACGGACAAAUUGCGAUAUAUUGCAGCUGCGUGCCACAUGUUACACCCUUGAAGUGGCACAGCCUGCGUCAGGGCUGGACCGGGGAACAAAUUCAGCCCUGGACUUUUGUCUAGACCAGCCCACGACAACCACAGUGACCUUCCUCGAUCCCCAGAAACCGGAAAACAUUUAUUUAGAGGCUCCUUUGCCUAUUUAAACAUCAGAGCUGAGGUCUGUAUCUCCGUAAUCAUUAACAAGCGACAGAUUAUGCGGCACUCGUUCAAACGAACGUUCAGCUUAACAUCUCUAACCAGCAGCUGCCCAUUGACUUUCAUUAUAGGCGAGUUUUGAGUCGGCAUGUUUUCUGUUAAGAGGCACAUGUUGACUUUAUUGUCUGUGCUGAUUGACAGCAUGUUACUCUUGCGGUAAAUAGAGACAAGGUUGAAACUUAAUGAUGUAUAUCUUCAAAAAGCUUCGGAGAGAGUUGGAAUGCUGAACAGGAACGGUUUGCUGCUAGCGUGUUAGCUGAAUUUUGAACGCGCCUCAGUUGUUCAGGUUGUUAUUCUGUGGCUCGUAACUGUGAGGGAAGCUAAAUCUCCUCCAAAACCAGACUGUUAAUGCUUUUUUUCUUUAACCAAAACAGAAAGUGACUGGCCUUGCGCUUCCGUACACGUUUUCUGCUUAGCAGGCCGGAACGCCGAGAGCGAAGAUAUUUCAGCAACCACACACGUGCCUCGUUUUAGAGUUUUCACUGUAGUCGUGUGCCGAGGCCGCAGGUUUGGAAAAAAAAAGAAAGCGAUGCUGUAAUUUAGACACAGAUACACUACUUUAAUUAACCUGCAUUUCUGUGCCUGUCUUCACUGUGAGAAAGAAAACGACUUUUACUGACGUCUCAGCGCUGAACGUCACAGUCACGAUGCAGGUUUUGCCGUAGUUUAUCUUUGUAAAUGUGUUAAAACAGUGUAUGAAACAAAAUGGGGUUGAGUUACUGUCAUUUUGGAAAUAUUGCAAACAAAAGGAAAAAGGAAAAAAAAACGCAAUCAGAAACUGCUUAAAUUCUAAGAUUUUCCUCUUUUUGCCCGGAAAAUCGAGUACGCUGAUUUAACAUUUAGAGUUAUGCAGAGGAUUAGGCCUGAAACUCAGAUUUCUAGUGCCUCCUGUUUUUUAAUGCCUUGGACCUUUCCAAGCCUUUUUUUUCUAUUUUUAUUUUAAAUUUUGUAUUUAGAUGAUUCAAAAUUUUUUUGCCUUAUGUGGAUUUUUUCUAAAUCCUCAUUUUCUAAUCCUACUAAAAAAGAAAAAAAUGUCAAGGCUCUGGCUUCCUGUCAGUACAGAAUACUGAAACGCUCUCCAUGUACAGUCUAACCUCUGCUUUCUCACCCUUUUCCAUCCUUCAAUAAAAUAAAACAUUUUUCAAAACA